CCAAACUCCCGCCCGAACAAUCAUCAUUUGUCAACACUGUUGUGCAGCUCACGCCGGUGUGUCUGUGUGUGUCUUUGUGUCCUCUUUCUUCUCUCUUACCAGAAUGGCUGCACACAAAGAGGACUCGGACCCUGACGAUAUUCUCGCCAACGAGGAGGAGCUGGAGAAGGCUCUGUGCGUGCUGGCUGGAAGCGACCCGGAAAACUGCUCCUAUUCUCGGGGCUACGUGAAGAGACAGGCUGUGUUUGCCUGCAACACCUGCACUCCCAGUGCUGCAGAGCCUGCUGGGGUCUGUCUGGCCUGUGCCAAUAAGUGCCACGAUGGGCAUGACAUCUUUGAACUGUACACCAAAAGAAAUUUUCGCUGUGACUGUGGAAAUGGCAAGUUUGGGGCGUUCAAGUGUCAGCUAACUCCUGCCAAAGACCAGGAAAACAUCAGAAACCUCUACAAUCACAACUUCAGUGGCUGCUACUGCACGUGUGACCGGCCGUACCCAGACACAGAUGAUCAGACCGACGAUGAGAUGAUUCAGUGUGUCAUCUGCGAAGACUGGUUUCACAGUAGGCACCUCGGCUGCACUGUAGUGGAACCUGAGGAGCUGCAGGAGAUGAUAUGUGAGGCCUGCAUGAACAAGGCUCCCGUCUUGUGGACGUAUGCUGCUCACUUUGCAGCACCACCUGGGAUCAGCGUCAGUCAUCCCGAGGAGGAGGUAGAAGUCGAUGUGGAGGAGAGAACAGAGAAGGAAGAAGCCUCUGAGUCCAGUCAAGGAAGUGAUGAGGAGCUAUCCACCACUGCUGAGCACACAAAGCAGGAGGAAGCGCCAAGCAGGAGUUCCCCUUGCAAACGGACCCACGAGGAAAUGACAGGCAGCUCUGAGAAGGCCACGACCGAACCUGUUGUGUGCAGGCUGAAGGAGCUGCAGGCUAAGGGGCUGGAGAGGCAGAGACAGGGAGCGGUAUUCUGGCCCUACAGCUGGCGCUCAAAGCUCUGCACCUGCACGGGCUGCAAGAGGGCGUAUGUGGCUGCCGAGGUGCAGUUUCUUAUGGAUCACUCCGACACCAUUCUGGCCUACGAGAACAAAGGCUUGGACGAGCCGUUUGGGCAGCACCCGCUGAUGGCGCUGACAAGCUCGAUGGACCGUGUGCAGCAGCUGGAGGUCAUUUACGGUUUCAACGAGCUGACAACUUCGCUCCAUGCGUUUUUAGACCAGUGUGCUGCUGAAGGAAAGACAGUCACAGUCGAAGCUGUACACGAGUUCUUUGCGGAGCUGCGGGCUAGAAAAAGACGAAGGACCAAUGCAGGAAACCAGUAACGAGGAGGCCAUGCUGCUGUCAUAUCCCCGGUUCAUACGGUGCUUUCAAUGAAUGUGAAACUUCGAAGAUGACCCUUUUUUUCCUAUUGAAUAAAAGGGGCCUCUUGCUGCAACAUAUGUGAUCCUAAAGCUUGAACAAAUAGUGCAAAGAGUACUGACUCGCUGUCAUUGUUGUGAAGUGUUAUUUCUAAGGUGAAGGGGUGAGAGUUUUAUGUCCAGUUUUUUUUAUUGAUUUUCAACAAUGCCUUAACUCUGAAGCUCAUAAUGAAUGUUAUUUACGAACAGAAGAAAUUUUGUUUCAGCACGCUACGCUUUAAAAAAAAAAGACUCAAUUGUUGUAUUACUGUAAUGUUUUGCAAGUACAUCACAUAAUCAUUAUAAUGCCUAGCAACCAGUUAAAGGGAAACUUUGGUAUUUUUGUACCUGGGCUCUAUUUAACUGAUGUUUUUGUGUCUAAGUGACUGAUGGAGACAGGUUUUUAAAUUGGUCUGAUAUUGAGAGAGAUCACUUCAGCUGCAGUGGCCAAGGAGGCUGCAAUGUAAUCCCUACGGGUGCUUGUGCACCAUCUAUUUACAUCCACUAAACAUGCUUUUUUUGGGCACUGACAGGUUCAGAUUGUUAUUGGAAGUGUUUGACAUUACAGAUAAGACCCUAUAGAGAAAUUAAAUGUGACCAAGUCUCAUUCUAAAAUCAUGCGAGAGGUACUUGUUGCAAGAAAAACAGUGGUUUAAACAGACAAGAGUUGGAGAAGGGAGUUGCUUGAAGAGUUUGUUGUGUUGGAGUACAGAAGAUGCAGCUUUGUGUUAUGUAAAUGAUUCUCAAUGUCAUGGCUGAAUAUAUAACUGAUUCUGACAAUGUGGAAAAGUCUGCAAGAUUUCAGAACAAGACUUCUCCUUGAGCGAGACUUGACUACUAAAGAAAGCUUUAAUUUCUCUGUAGGAUCCUCUCUAUAAUGUUGUUAGACAGUUGCAGUAACUCUGGGCUUGUCAGUGGCAAAAACAAGCACUUUUAAUAGACUUAAAUUUCAAUACAAAAUUGCCCUUGGGAUUAAAUUGUAGCCUGUUUCAAAGCUGAAACACUCACUCUUCAAUACUGGACCAAUUUAAAAACAUGGUAACAAAAACAUGGGAAAAUUGUUCAAGGUUUAAAACACCAAAGUUUCCCUUUCAGACAAACGUGUUUGUAAAAGUGAUGUGAACAAAUACCAGUUUUAUGUAAAUUAAUGCUCCAAAUAAAGUCAUUACAUGUUUUUAGUGCACAAAUCAACUCCACUGAGAUCAAAUUAAUUCCAUAAUAUCAAACCAGUUUAUUUUGAGGAUGCCCAAGUUGACCACUGUUACGCACCUUUUGAGGUGACAGUAGAAAAAUAGAUUCAGUGAAACUAAAUGCAACUUAAUAUCAGUCUACAAACAUGUUUUCUAUGAUACCAUACAAGUACAAAGUACCUGUUAUAAUUCAACACAAGCAAUCACACAUUUCAGAUGGUUCAAUUUCAAAAGGUGCUAAAUAACACUAUGUACACAAAACGAGCUACAUGAGAUUUCAAAGGACUAUUUGAUGCAGGCUGGUAAGCUGGUAGAAAAGAGCUUGCAUAGACAUCAAAGUCACUUCUCCAAUAAAAGCCCAGCCGCAGGCGGGGGAAGGCACUGACUUCUCUACAGCAAAGAGCAAAACAAGGACUUUUAUUCAAUGGAACAUUGUCCUGGAAAAUAAAACAACUACCCAACAUGAACAUGGGGAGGAAUCUGGAGUUUUGCAUUUUUUCCCCAUGAAGCAACCUAGAUGGAAAAAUGAUUUUUCUGCUUGGCAACUUCAUCACUGCUAAGCAGAGAGCUAGUAUCUUCAGAUCCUCUACAUAUUCCUGUUUAAAAGUAAAGGAGAACAGGGGAGGGAAAAAAAAAA